CGAACAUCGAUAUCUGUGUUUCUUUUAAAAUUUACAUCACUAAUAUUUUUAUAGUGUGCGUGAAAUUUUGUGGAAGAAAAAUUGAGCAGUGUUGGCCGUCGCGGCAAGCGACCCAAAUAAAGAAAGCGAACAACAAAACAAAGCAGAGAUAAAGAAAGAACUACACACAUACUCAAACAAGCACAUACUGAUCAACACAUAGAUAAUCAAACAAGUGUGGAGAGAGCCCUAAUUAAGUAUUCUGAACAUGGACGAGGCCAACAUACAGGACAAGGAACGCUUCGCCAGUCGCGAGAACCAUUGUGAAAUUGAACGACGGCGACGCAAUAAAAUGACUGCCUAUAUAACGGAACUAUCAGACAUGGUGCCCACUUGCAGCGCAUUGGCGCGCAAGCCCGACAAGCUGACCAUCUUACGCAUGGCCGUGGCACACAUGAAGGCGCUGCGUGGCACUGGUAACACUAGCAGCGAUGGCACCUACAAGCCCUCAUUCCUAACAGACCAAGAGUUAAAACAUUUAAUACUCGAGGCAGCCGAUGGUUUUCUGUUUGUUGUCUCCUGUGACUCGGGUCGUGUCAUCUACGUGUCCGACUCAGUGACACCGGUGCUAAAUUACACGCAAAGUGAUUGGUAUGGCACCAGUCUGUAUGAACACAUACAUCCCGACGAUAGGGAGAAGAUACGCGAGCAGCUCUCCACCCAAGAGUCCCAGAACGCUGGUCGCAUUUUGGAUUUAAAAUCGGGCACAGUCAAAAAGGAAGGUCAUCAGUCGUCAAUGCGUCUUAGCAUGGGCGCACGACGUGGAUUUAUAUGCCGCAUGCGUGUUGGCAAUGUUAAUCCAGACGCCAUGGUUUCUGGACAUUUAAAUCGCCUCAAGCAGCGAAAUUCGCUGGGACCGUCCAGAGAUGGCUCCAACUAUGCAGUGGUCCACUGCACUGGUUACAUCAAGAACUGGCCGCCCACUGAUAUGUUUCCCAACAUGCACAUGGAACGCGAUGUGGACGACAUGGCCUCGCAUUGCUGCCUGGUUGCCAUAGGGCGUCUGCAAGUAACUUCAACGGCCGCUAACGACAUGACGGGCAAUAACAAUCAGAGCGAAUUCAUCACGCGCCAUGCACUUGAUGGCAAAUUUACGUUUGUGGAUCAGCGCGUGUUGCAAGUGCUCGGCUACACGCCCACCGAGUUGUUGGGAAAAAUAUGCUAUGACUUCUUCCAUCCCGAGGAUCAGAGUCACAUGAAGGAGAGCUUCGAUCAGGUGCUGAAACAAAAGGGGCAAAUGUUCUCACUACUUUAUCGUGCGCGCGCCAAAAGCAACGAAUUUGUCUGGUUGCGCACGCAGGCCUAUGCCUUCCUCAAUCCCUAUACAGAUGAGGUAGAGUAUAUUGUGUGCACCAAUAGCUCCGGCAAAACUUUGCAUGGCGCUACGCCUGAACAACAACAACCAACGGAUCCGCAGCAGCAGCAGCAACAACAACAACAUGUUUAUGUGCAAGCACCGGGUGUGGACUAUACACUGCAGCCGCCUCGACGCGAGAUUACGCCCACUGGUGGCGAUGCCAUCUAUCAGCUGCACAUGCAGGCACCGCCACGUCCCGCCUCUGCGCAAAACACGCCCGUUGGCUAUAGCUAUGACACCACGCAUUCGCCCUAUGGCGCUGCAGCAUCCGGCGGUGGUCCCUCGCCGCUAGCCAAAAUACCCAAAUCGGGCGGCUCACCCACACCUAACGCUUGGGGUGCCCUUCGCCCGACGCCACAGCAACAGGCGCAACCCACUGCUGCCGAGGCCUAUCCUGCCUAUCAACAGAGCAGUCCAACACGCUCCCCCAGCGGGCCUACUUACACGCAGCUAAGCGCUGGCAAUGGCCAACAACAACAGCAGCAGCAGCAGCAACAACAACAGCGACAGCAGCAACAACAGGCAAGCGCAUAUCAAGCGGCGCCAGCUCCUACAGCCUGGGAUUGGCAGCAGGCGCAUCCACAUGCACAUCCCCAUACGCAUCCCCAUGCACACCAUGCUCAUCCGCAUGCGCAUGCCCAUCCCGGCGCCGCAGUAGUGGCAGCAGGCAGUGCUCAACAGCCGCAGGGUCAGGAGUUUUCGGAAAUGCUACAAAUGUUGGAUCACAAUGGCACAGCUACAUUUGAGGAUCUUAAUAUUAACAUGUUUAAUACGCCCUUUGAGUAAUGCUAAUCUUCCUCCACCCAUACAGACACUAAAUCUCAAUUAUAUUAUUGAAAAGGAGAGCGUGUUUUGUGUCCAAAUUGUUUUCUAUGCUUAAUAGAAGAAUUUCUGUUUAUCUAAGUAUUGGAAUAUCUCGUGACACGCUUUUCGUCCAUCUCUAUGCUCAGUAUCAUUUUAUACCGCUCAGUUAAAUAAUUUACUAAGUGCAAUCAACAAAACAUUUUUUAUCUAAAAUUACUGAAAUAUUUUAGCAUGCAUAUUGAAGAAUUGUUUAUGUGUGUGUUGUAUAGUACUCUCCGUAAAUAGACAUUUUAAGUACAUAACGGUAGUCACGUAUACAACUUGUGAACGUUUACGAUAUGGAUAUCAAUAUUGCAUACACAAACACACACACAUACAUGUGCAAAAACUAUAAAAAACUUACAAUAUUUCUUUUCAACUAAAAUUUCAAAGUUCAUUUAACCGGAAAGAC